GGACCGAACGCGCAGGCUACUCUUGGGGCGGGGCCUCCCUCUGGCCCGCAGGGGGCGCUCCGCUGGCAGAGGAGACGCUUUCAUGGAGGGGGCGAAGGCCGAGGCGCAGGAGGGGGCCGCUGUGGCCCGGGACCUGCUGGCCUUGGGGUAAGGGGUACAGGGUGUGCCAGGCGGUGUGCAGGAAAGGACAGGUUUGUCCUCAUAAAUUCUUACGGAUUUCCCCCGACCCCUCCCGCUGCUUCGACCUCGCCGCAGGUAUGAGGGCUUCCCGGUGGUGGCGGCGCUGGGCCCCUCAUGCCUAGACUUCAGGGCGCUGUGCGCUCAGCUUGCGGCGGAGCUGGCGUCUCUGGGAGCCGUGGAGCGAGAGAAAGAGGAGGUCGCGGAGGCGCUGAGCGCCGGCGACGGCCCCGGCGCCGAGGAGGAAUUCCUACGACAGUUGCCCGGCCUGCUGCGAGGACUGCACUGCCCGGACCGCGCGCUUUGCAGCGGAGACUGCGCGGCCGUACUGCGGGAGCCGGGCGCGUGCCUGCGCCUGCUGCGCUUUCUCUGUACGGAGCUCCAGGCUGCCCGCCUCCUCCUCCUGCACCCCCAGCCGGAUCCCAGUCCAGCGGCACCACCGCCCGGUGGGGAAGGGGCAGAGGAGGGAGCUGGCAUGGUCCAGGAACUGGUUCUUACCCUCCAAGCUCUAGGGCUGCCCAGACCCCCGAGGGCGACCCCUGCCAGCCAGCUGCUGCGGGAGUUGCAUGCCAAGGGUCCCUGCAGCCCCUCCUCAGCUACCCACUGGACGCACCCAGAUGGGAAAUGUUGGAGCAUCUCUGCCAAAGCCUGCAAAGUCAGUACUACAGCCGCCGCUGCCUCCUCCUCAAGCGUCUGGACCUCACGACAUCUGCUUUCCACUGGAGUGAUCGAGCAGAGGCCCAAGGGGAGGCCAUGAAGGCAGUGCUGACCCCAAUUCGAGAGGCUCUGACCCCAGAAUCGGAUGUCUCCAUCGCGCACGUCCUGGCUGCCCGAGCUGACCUGUCUCGACUUGUCCCAGCUACAAGCAAGGCUACCCGCCAAGGGACCUGCUGUGCCAUCAAUAAGGUGCUCAUGGGCAACGUGCCAGACCGAGGGGGCCGCCCAGAUGAGCUGGAGGCUCCCAUGCCCAGCUGGCAGAGCAGAAGAGAGGACGGAGGUGGGCAGAAGGCAGGCCACCAGCGCUGGGGUCGCAAGAAGAAGAAGAAGAAGUAAAGGGGGACCAGUGGUUGGGGCGGGGUCCUCUGUGAGAUGCCGAUGCCAUUGAUAAUCUCUUGGGAGUCAGUCUGAGGGUUUCUCUUGGCACCUGACACUCAGGCCCCACAUCCUCUGUUCCUGAGGCCCCAAAUGUCUUCUCCUAUCCACCACUCAACACCAAGGACCAUGUUCUCCAGAAAAUAAAUUUAAUUUGUGACA